CCAACAUGUCCGAAUUAGGGGUUUGGAUUAGGGUUGAAGCUCUGACUGGCAACUUGUAAGCAGCUUGUUAAAGCAGCUGAGCUUGCGGUGUCGCCGCACGCAAAUUGCACAUGGCACGUGAUGGUUUCAAGUUGAACAACCUCAGAAUCCGCCUUUACAAGCUGCCAGUAAAAUAUCGCCAAGGUGGCGCCGGCACCAUCUUUCCUUUGUAAAGAGGGCGAGAGAGGAAGGCUUCAGGAUGUUGUAAAGAGAGGAAAGGGAAUUCCUGUGAAGCGAGCAAGGGGCGAUCAACAGGCCAGCGCUUGAAUUCCAUUGGGGUCGUCAUGGGGCAAAAGUCCAGCAAACGGAGGGAGGAGGUUGUGUCGGAAAUUGAGAAAAGGAUGGUGGCCGCGGUUGUGGCCAGACACAAAGACCCCAACCGGAAGGUGCCCCCCAGUUUUGAUGCAGUUGCGCUAAAGUUCCCGGUCAUCAACAAAGCAUUUUGUGAAGUGCGAGAGGUAUUCAACAAGUUCGAUGUGGAUAAGAGUAAGACGAUAGACCUUGAGGAGAUGAAGAGCUGUUUUAAGGACCUCCACUUCCAGAUUCCAGAAGGCGAAGUUCAAGCCUAUUUCAAGGAGAGUGACAUGGACGGAUCCGGGAAAAUCGACUUCCGGGAGUUUGUUGUCAUCAUCGCGCUGAGCUACCUCCUGGCUCCCCCAAGAAGGGAUAAUGCGCUGUCCCCACAGCUGCAAAAAGCAGUUGAAAGCAUUGUUGAUGCUUUCAUGUUUUGUGACAAGGACGGAAGUGGAUAUGUGAGCAAGGAUGAGAUUACAAACAGCUUUGCAGAGACAUGCGGUAACUUGAGACGACCAUCAGGGGGCGUUCGUUCGGUUGUUGGACCGCGGUGGUUAGAGAUGGACUGGGAUGCUAACGGUACAGUCUCCUUCAAGGAGUUUUUGUUUGCUUUUGCGGAUUGGGUUGGGGCGGACGAGGAGGAUUGACAAUAGGUCGAAGCUUCGUUUUGCCGACCUGUGGCCAUACUACCAGAUGAGCUUAAAGCCGGUAGAUAGCCAGAAGAAGCCUGGGGUUCAAUCGAUCCUCUUAGGUUGUACUAUGAUAUCAAAAGGAGACUAAGUAGCUAGCUGUAUCAAUAAGUCAGGAUCAAAGGCGGCAGUUUGCGCAGACUUCCAAAACAUUUGCUCGCAUACGAUUUUCGAAGAACAUUUGUGGCAUCCACCUUGAUGUAUGUCAAGGCGGACCAAAGUAAUGGUCA